AUGGAGGUCUUGACAGACAUAUCAUCCCCGGCACCUGCUGUGGAGCUUCCUAUCGUGAAGGAAAAGAAGACUCGGUCCAGGGUUUCAAGAGCUGGCGGAAAACAGAAAGCUCUGCUAGCUGCUCACCUUGGCGAUGAGAUAUGGCCCCGGCCAUAUUUCGUUGAAAAUGGUUUACGACGCGUCGCACCAUAUCACUACACCUACAACACGUGGUGCAAAGAGCGAUGGAGGGGCAGACAGCUUCUCGAGAUAUUUGAUAGUGAGUUCAGGGACAGGCCCGUGGCGUACUAUAAGGAAGCCAUGGAAAAGGGCAUGAUCCUCAUCAAUGGCCAACCAGCGAUGCCGGACUAUGUGGUCAAAAAUGGCGACCUAGUCUCACACAAGACUCAUCGUCAUGAGCCACCAGUCACAGCUGAUGAGGUUGGGAUCAUUCAUGAAGAUGAGAAAAUGAUUGUCAUCAACAAGCCGUCUGGGAUACCAGUCCAUCCGGCAGGCAGGUACAAUUUCAAUUCCGUGGUCGAGCUCAUGAAAGAACAACGAGGCCCUCAAUGGAUAGCGUAUCCAUGCAAUCGCCUGGAUCGGCUGACCAGCGGCAUAAUGUUCAUUGCCAAGGACCCAGUUUCUGCUGAAGAACUGAGAGCCCAGAUAGCGCAGCGAAGCGUGAGGAAAGAAUACGUGGCGAGAGUCGGUGGGAACUUUCCUGAUGGGGAAGUGGUCUGCGACCAGCCUAUACUCCAGAUCUCGCCCAAGUUGGGGCUCAAUCGAGUUCGCGCAGAUGGGAAGGAAGCACGGACGGUGUUCAAGAAGCUCGCAUAUUAUCCCCCACAAGCAGAGGCAGAGCAGAUACCAGAGCAAGCCGGGCUUGAAGGAGAGCCAGGCAGACCUUGGGCCAAUGCGGAAGGAUAUUCAAUCGUCCGUUGCCUGCCAGUCACCGGCAGGACACAUCAGAUCCGAGUCCAUUUACAACAUCUGGGGUAUCCAAUCGAGAAUGACCCAAUCUACGCCAACCAGCGAGUUUGGGGCAUUAACCUAGGACGGAAUGAUCCCGAGGCAGUCGAGAAUACUGAUGAGGACAUCAUCACCCGACUGAAUCGCAUGGGCAAGGAGGAUGUCGCCGAUGCGGUAGCGUACUACGACGAAAUGGUGGAUAAGUACCAUCAAAAGAAGGCCGAGAAGAUGUCGGGAGAGUUCUGUGAAGUCUGCGAUACACCGUUGUACACAGAUCCUGGAGACCACGAGCUAUCAUUAUGGCUACAUAGUCUUCGCUAUGAAGAUGCCGGGGGCGCUUGGAGUUACGUGAGCCCACUCCCCAGAUGGGCAACUCCCCCCACAGGCUUCAGCGGCCCUACGACAGUUGGAAGCUUAGAUUCCUUGGUUGACGCGGUCAAGGAUACGAACCCUGAAAUAUCCUGA